GAAGCAACAAAACUUUUCAGCCCCAAAACAGUAGUUCUUUAUUACUUCGGCUACUCGACUGCCUCCAUUGCCUCACUCACUGUGGCACCCAACUACCCUUGCCUGUUCUGGAGCAAGACGAGACUCAGCCUGGCUGGCUUCAGCAAACGUAGUUUCCUCUCGCUAUGGCGAUAGACAAAGAUCAUCUUACGACGCUCAAAUAUAUGGUAAGCGCCGGCCUUCGGAGGGGAAUGUGGUAGUCGUUGCUGUCAUGUAAGGCUCCCCCCCCCUCAUUUACAGACAUAAAUACUUGUCCCAAACCCCUCUUUGUUUGCCCUUCCAGCAGCUGAACUUAUUUCUCCCACGGCUAAGAUAUUUUUGGUUUUCUUCUUUGCCCCUUACCAUAUCCUAUUACUAGCUUCUCCCUUCCCACAAUAACUUUAUACAAUCAUGACUGUUUCCCCCGACAAGAAGAAGCCUGCGUUGGUUGUUGUGCCGGGUGCCUCUCAGAACCCCGCGCACUACGCCCACCUCCUCCACCUCCUCCUAUCUGCUGGCUACGGAGCCCUCACUGGCCUCCUCCCCAGCAUUGGCGCCCAAGGAGCUGUCACCGCAGCCGACGACGCCGACUAUGUGCGAAACCGGCUGCUACUCCCUCUUCUGGAUGUUGGGAACCAAGAUGUGAUCCUGAUCAGCCACUCCUACGGUGGGAUGCCUGCCAGCGCGGCCGCACGCGGACUGGGUCCCGCCGACCGUGCCGCUCAGGGCAAAUCCACUUCCGUGCUUGGCCAGAUCUUUAUCGCGGCAAUCCUGUCCCGUGGAGGUGAUGGUCUGAGUAUUAUUGACUCUUUUGGUGGGCAUUUGCCUCCUCACUUGUAUAUGGAUAAAGAACAAAAUCUCGUCAAAUGUGACGAGCCCAAGCCGCCUGUUUUCUACGACGUUGAACCCACCCUUGCCGACGCGGCUAUCCAGACCUCUCUUAGUCAGGGCUUGACCUCCUUCUCCAGCCCCUGUCCCGAGGCCAGCUGGAACACUGAGGCCUUCAACGACAGGAUUGCCUACAUCUAUACUCGCAAUGAUCGCGCGGUGCCUUAUGAGGCCCAGAUGGCCAUGGUUCAGGCAACUGGAGCCAAAUGGAUCACCCGGGAACUUGCCACCGGUCACAGUGCGCAAUUGUCCGCCCCGGAGGACUUGACCAAAACUAUCUUGGAAGUCGUUAAGCAAUGGGAAACAAUUUAAUGGGUAAGAUGGAAAUUCGUGUACGUAGCUACUUGCCGAUCUAGUGGUACUUCUUUUGUUUUCUUCCAAGAUUAAAUUGCAAUGUAACAAAGUUCGCAC